AUGUCUGCUAGCCCCGUCAUUUCUGCCAUGACACCCCCCACUCCCGUCGUUCAAGAAGGCAACGAGAUCACCGUCACUCGCGCCAUUUCUUCGAACAUCCGAAUCAUCGUCGUUGGUACAAAUACCACCGACAUGGAUCAAAUCGCCAACGCCGCGGUGAAUGCAAUCGGCCAGAUGGCUGGCGCUUCCGCCGCAAACCUAGGUAGCCGCAACCACCACGAGGGAAAUCCUCGAGAUGACGCCAACUCCGUUCUGAAGGCGGUAUUUCUGCCUUCAGACGGCCCGAUGGCGUCCCGGAUGGCAGCGUGCCUCAAUGCCGCCAUUGUCGACGGUAACCUCACCCUCUGUAACCAGUUUGGUGACAACAUUCCCAAUGACAUGGCGGGCAUCCACGAGGGCUUCGGCAAGAUCCAUGAGGCUAUUCUUCAGGCCCAGGGAGAUCGCCAAGCUGCCCAGCAGGCCGCUGCGGUCAAAGCCAUGGCUAAGUUGCUCACCUGGGCGAUUCUUGCCACGUCUUCCCUCGGCUGCAUGGCUAUCGCCGCCUACUAUAUGCGCCCCUAA